AUGGCGCAGAGAAUACCAGCCCCUGAGAGUUUGGAGAGUGAGCAUCCUCACCUAGCCAAGAGGAAGAAGAGGAGGAAGGAGUCCCAGCAACUUACUUCUUCCCUUCUGAAAAAAUCAGAAAUCUUCCAUAAAGCCAAAAAGACCACUUCUACCCAUAAAAAGAAAAAGAGAAGUAGUGUUUGGGAGGUGGAUAUGGAAUCAGGGAUCAUCCUUGUAAAUAAAGAAAACAUCGAGAACCUGCUAGAGAGUUCUAGAAAAGAUGUGAAUAUUGUUUAUGUAGAUGUGAGCCAGGAACAGAAAUUAGCAGAAGUGGACAAAGCAGAGGAGCUGCCCAUUGCUGAGUCCCAAAAAUAUGACUGUCAAGAGCUACACAGUGACGUUCGGAGCAAAAAGAAUCAAAAGCAUCCAAAGAAAGCUGCAUCCUGAGAUGCUGUAUAGGGAAGCCAGCAUGAGAGCAUCACCCUGCCCCUCUCAGAGUCCUUGUCUUCUGUGUAUCUAGAAGGCAAAAGCACAGAACUAGCAGUGUCUCAUAUAAAAAAAAAAAAAAAAAAAACAAAACAAAACAAAAAACGCCUAAGGAAAAAGUGUUCAGGAACCAAGAUUUGGGGGGGGGGGCACACCGAGUGUCUUGAUAGCACACACCCUGGAGGAGAGGUUGGGACUGAAGAAGUUGAGAGGGUCAGAGGACCCCACAGUACCAGGAAGAAGUCUAAGAAAAGGAAGGAUGCAUCUGUUGCUAUUACCGCUUCUAAUGACAAUAUCACGCUGCUUGACAGCAAUGCUGAGAAUGCCACCAUAGAUUCAUUAGAAGGCACUGAUGCUUUGAGGGAAGAAGAUGUGGACUGCAGACCAAGGAAGGCAGAAACCCAAGCUUGUUCCAGGGGGAAACAUGCAGAAGAGAUGCAGAGGUUAGAAUCUACCCAUGAAGAAGAAAGCAAUUUGGAAUCAGCCAGCAAUUCUGCAACAAGAUACCUAUCUGAAGAUGGGAGGGAUUCUGAAGAAUCAGAUGUGGAUUUGGGCUCUGCAGUGAGGCAGCUCCAAGAGUUCAUUCCUGAUAUACAGGAAAGGGCAGCCACCACAAUCAGACGCAUGUAUUGGGAUGACCUGGGGCGCUUCAAAGAAUUUAAGGCACAAGGUGUUGCUAUUCGAUUUGGCAAAUUUUCUGUUAAAGUAAAUGAACAAAUAGAGAAAAAUGUGCAAGAAUUCCUGUCCCUGACUGGAAUUGAGAGUGCAGACAAGCUGCUAUACACAGACAGAUAUCCAGAGGAAACGUCUCUGAUCACAAACUUAAAACGAAAGCAUGCGUUCAGAGUGCACAUUGGGAAAGGCAUCGCGCGGCCCUGGAAGCCUGUGUACUAUCGAGCAAAGAAGAUGUUUGAUGUGAAUAAUUACACAUACAGAUACAAUGAAGAAGAUACUAAGAAGCUGAAGGCGUACCAUUCCCUCCAUGGAAACGACUGGAAAAUGAUCGGGGCAAUGGUGGCCCGAAGCAGUCUCUCUGUCGCUCUGAAGUACUCUCAGAUUGGUGAUCAUAGAAACCAUGGUGCUUGGAGUAUAACGGAAACCCAUCAAAUCAAGGCUGUGGAGGAUGUGAUCCUAAAGAAAAUGUCUCCCCAGGAGUUAAGAGAGCUGGACUCUAGACUCCAGGAAGAUCCUGAGGGUCGCCUGUCAAUCGUCCAGGAGAAACUGUACAAGGGCAUAUCCUGGGUAGAAGUGGAGGCUAGAGUGGAGACCAGAAACUGGAUGCAGUGCAAAAGUAAGUGGACAGAGAUUCUCACCAAAAGGAUGACCCAUGAUGGAGUCGUGUAUCGUGGGGCCAAAGCUCUGCAGGCCCAAAUCACCCUUAUUAAAAGGUUGUAUGAACUAAAUGUGAAUGAUGCUAAUGAAAUAGAUUGGGAAGAGCUUGCUAGUGCCAUAGGGGAUGUCCCUCCAUCUUUUGUUCAGGCAAAGUUUUAUAAGCUGAAAGCUGCCUGUGUUCCUUUUUGGCAGAAAAAGACUUUUCCGGAGAUCAUUGACUACUUAUAUGAGACCAGUUUGCCUUUGCUGAAGGAACAGUUAGACAAGAAGAUGGGGAAGAACAGCAGCCAGAUCCAGACGCCCUCAGCUCCCAAACAAGAUUUCCUAUUCAAAGACAUCUUCUAUUGUGAGCAUGGUAGCAACGGGGAGGGGCCAAAGGAGCCCGGUGCCCCUGGUGUGUAG